AUGGGUAUUCAGAUUUGUUUGGCAGCCAGAGUUCUAACAACUUCUGAUGAAGGAGGAUAUGGCUAUCCAAGUAGUGGUGCUUUUGUAGGAGAAAAUGGUGUUGGAAGUUAUGGUGGUGACUAUAAUCCUAAAGGUUAUGGAUAUGGGAAAUAUGGAAAUGAUUAUUACAAUGGUUGGAGAUGGUAUGGUCAGGGAAGUACUAUUUCUGGUUAUGGUAGCGCUCCUGGAUAUGAGUACAAUGGAAAAGAUAAAGGGGGUGAAUAUGAUUAUUAUGAACAAUAUGGACAAGGCUAUGGUGGUGGUGGAGGAGAACGCGGAGGAUCAUUUAAAGGAUAUGAUAGCCGUACAAGUGAUGGAGGAGCAUACAACUAUCGUAGUUAUGGAAACAAUGAAAAAACAAGAGAAUCAUCCAAAGAUUAUUUUGGUUAUCGAUAUGGUGGAAAAAGUAGAGAAUCAUUCAAAGAAUAUGGUGGUAAUGAAUUAAACAGUGAAAAAUGGGGAGGAAUGAACAAAUAUCCUUAUUAUGGAAACAGUAACAAAGAUGAAAAAUCAUCUCAAGAAUACAGUGGUGGUAUAUAUGGUGGAGAUAGCAGCAUCAAACAGGGCGAUGGCAACGUCAUAUAUGACCCUUGA